GUGUUUACGAGAUGAACGGGUUCGUGGAGGGUGCCACGUUCGAGAGUAUCGUGCAAUACGUGUUGAAGAACAUGAAGAUUACCCAAGCGCGCGCCGGCUACCUGGUAAUGGAGGUUCUCAAAGCGGGAGUCGCUCUAGGAAGGAUCAAGAAGACCCCGUGCGGCACUUACGUCCUGACCAACGAUAAAUCUGCCCCCACGCCUAGCAUCAGGGAACCGCGAUUCAGCGACGACAGCGAGUACGACGUGUCGUCCGAAGGAAGCUCGUAACCCAAACUCUUCCUCUCAAACCCACGAAACCCACGUCUUCUUUUUGUAUCAUUCUCCAUGUUUAUUAAAAUAUACCUCGAUUCGUCGAAUAA